AUGCGCGUCCUCGUCGUCGGCGGCAGCGGCUACCUCGGCCAGUUCGUCCUCAAGGCGUUCAGCGACGCCUACCCGGACACGGAGUGGGUCGGAUACACGUACAAGUCGACGAAGCUCCCCAUCCCGCCCGAGGACGACGUCCACGCGUACGAGGUCGACCUCGCGACCGGGGAGGGCGCGGACGCGUGCAUCGCGGACGCCACGAAAGGCGGGGAAUCGCUCGAUCUGAUCGUGAACUGCGCCGCGGCGUCGUCGCCGGGAUGGUGCGAGAAGAACGAGACCGCCGCGACCGCGCUGAACGUGCCGUCCAAGCUGCUCGACGCGAUGACAGCGGCGUCGGAGACGAUCGGCGAGCCGCUCUUGAUUCACAUGUCCACCGACCAGGUAUACGGCGGCGACGAGCGGAGGAGCACGGAGGACCAGUGCCCGGCGAAUCCCGUGAACGCGUACGCGCGGAGUAAGCUGAAGGGCGAGGAAGAGGUGGCGAAGCGAUGGGCGAAGCACGUGAUCUUUCGGCCGUCGAUCAUCACGGGGCCGCAGCCGCCGUACGCGCCGGUGAAUCGACCGCUGUUUCUGGAUUUCAUCGUAGACGCGCUGAAAGGGACGAAGCCGGUCGGGUUCUUCGUGGACGAGUGGCGGUCGCCCGUGUGCGCGCACGACAUCGUCGGUCACGUCAAGAUCUUCGCGGACAGGAGAGACGACCUGCCGCGUCGGAGGCUGUUCAACUGCGGCGGCCCCGAUCGCCUCUCGCGCGUCGACAUGGCGCUGAAAGUCGCCGCCGCGCUCGGUCUCUCAGGCGCGUUCUCCUAUUCACACUGCGCCUCCGUCGACCGCGGGCUCGUCUCCCCCGCGGACAUCUCCAUGGACAGCGGCGCGAUUCUGAUGCACAGCUACGUCGUGAACAGAGGCUUCGCGCGGCAGGUGGACGCGGCGUACGCUAACCCGCCGACGAAGGCGGAGCACGUGCGGCCGUGGGGGGUCGACCAGUGGCCGCCGCCGCCGUGGAUAGCGGACAGCGACUGA